GGCGGACACACGACGGGUGGCACACCUCGGCCAGCCGCUCGUUACUUUUUUUUAUCUCUCUACUUCGCGCAACGUCGGGCACGCGAUUCCGCGGACCCGUUACGGGAUGCGAGCGAUUACCGGAUUAGACGGCGGUCGCUGAUGCGCUCACGUCCGGAGGUAGGACCCGCGGCCGAUGGUACUCAUGAUUAAAAAAGGGGGCCUGGCUGGCUGGAUCCGCGCCUACACGAUCCGCGGCUGUGCGACACGGCGACGUAGAUCAUGGCGUCAUCAAGGAUCCAUCGAGGUUGGGGGUCCACCGCUCCGCGCGCACCCGCUCGCCCGUCCCGUCCGUCCGUCCGUCACUUCCAGCUGGCCCCCCAGAGCCAUCUUUACGGGAUAAAACUGAAAACGGUUUUUCCUCGUUUUUUGAAAAGUGGAUGUUAUUAUUUAUUCUAGUGCUUCAGCGAGUUCAUCUCGGAGGCGAGCAAUCUUUUCGAGAUCAUGGAGCCAAUGACUUUAGGAUCGCCGAUGAAUAGUCCUGUCCAAAGUCCCGGUAGUCCAGGUGGUUCCUCGUCGUACUUGCCAAGUUUUCUCCUGGGCGACACCAACACUCCCGCAAAGAUCAACGUGAUGAGUCCCCAGGAUAAUCCACGCCAUUUAAAUAUCACCAACGCCAGUCUGAUGUCGUCGGUUUCGUACGGAUCGCCAGAUUACCGGUCCAAUCGUCAGAAGGCGGUGUUCGGCAGCACCACGACUCCCACCACGCCGCAAAUGAGCACGAAGGCUCACACCGGCGGGCCGCCGACGCGCGGACUGUUCGACACCCUGGACGUCUCGUACGUGUCGUCGCCGGCUACGUCGGCCGCGCAUCCAGCCGUCGCAGCCACGCCGGUGAAUCAGUCCAGGCUCAUGAUGAGCACGUUGAGCAGCCCGAUGAUGUUUCCCGACAGUCCGAUCAGCUUGAGCACGAGCGAGUCGCAGAGUCUGCUGCAGUGGGUGACCGUCUUCGGCUUCCUGCCGAUCGACGUCAACGCCGUCCUGUCGCAAAUCUCCAGCCGGGUCCGCAUCGUGGACAAACACCCGGCGCCGCAGUCCCAGAGCAACUGGAUACACCUGAAGUGCGCGUCGGAGCAGGAGGCGCAGAAGGCCCUCAUGUGCAACGGCAGCAUCGUCUCGGGCACGAUCAUGAUCGGCGUCAUACCGUGCACCGACGAGGGCGUCGUGCUGGGUUGCGACAAGGAGAAUCGCUCCAAGCUGAACGGAAGCGUGAGAUCGCUCUCGAUGGGCAGGCCCUGCCAGUCGUCCUUCAACGGCUCGCCCACCGCGAGACGGCGGAAGCUACGAUCCCUGGCGGCGGGUUACAAUCAACACUUCAGCCCGCAGGCGGCGCAGCUGCCGGAGAACGUGCCACAGAAGUCGGCCAGUUUAGUCUCGAAAGCAAUGGAAUACGUGUUUGGCUGGUAGUUGUUUUCCCUUUUAGUAAUAAUUAUACACCGAACUUUUUACAUAUUGUGAAAUAUAAUAUUAAAAAUUGUAGAAAGAAAAUUGUGAGAGACAAUAUAUUAAGCUUCUGGAGAUUAAUCUUCUGGAAAGAGACACUUUUUUAACUGAGACUUUAACUUAAAGCGUAAACCGAAAUUAUUAUCUAUUAAUUUUCUAUUAUUAUUCUAAAAAUGAAUUCUGAAAAAAUGAACUUCCGUAUUAACUUAGCAAAUUAUUAGACGAGCAUUUCUGUAAAGGCUGUUAUUUUUUUUUUUUUUUAAGAUUAUUGUGUAAUAUUAUCACAUGUUAUAUUUGUAUGUAUCUUUACAAUUAUAUAGGACGGCUGUACAGCCGGAGUCACAUGUAAAUCUUCAUUUGCGCGUGGUAUUGCGUGUAUAUUCCUAAUAAAUAAUAUUGCAAAAACCUG